AUGCUCGCCUACUGCGUGCAGGACGCCACCGUGGUGGACGUGGAGAAGCGGAGGAACCCCUCCAAGCACUAUGUGUACAUCAUCAAUGUCACCUGGUCCGAUUCCACCUCUCAGACCAUCUACCGGAGGUACAGCAAGUUCUUUGACCUGCAGAUGCAGCUUCUGGACAAGUUCCCCAUUGAAGGAGGCCAGAAGGACCCCAAGCAAAGGAUCAUCCCCUUCCUCCCAGGCAAGAUCCUCUUCCGGAGAAGCCACAUCCGGGACGUGGCAGUGAAGAGGCUGAAACCCAUUGAUGAGUACUGCCGGGCUCUGGUCCGACUGCCUCCCCACAUUUCACAGUGUGACGAAGUCUUCCGCUUCUUUGAGGCCCGGCCUGAGGAUGUCAACCCCCCGAAGGAAGACUACGGCAGCUCCAAGAGGAAAUCAGUGUGGCUGUCCAGCUGGGCAGAGUCUCCCAAGAAGGACACGACAGGUGCCGACAGCAACGCCGAGCCCAUGAUCCUGGAACAGUAUGUGGUUGUGUCCAACUAUAAGAAGCAGGAGAACUCAGAGCUGAGCCUCCAGGCCGGGGAGGUGGUGGACGUCAUCGAGAAGAAUGAGAGCGGCUGGUGGUUCGUGAGCACCUCUGAGGAACAGGGCUGGGUCCCUGCCACCUACCUGGAGGCGCAGAAUGGGACUCGGGAUGACUCGGACAUCAAUACAUCCAAGACAGGGGAAGUGUCCAAGAGACGCAAGGCCCAUCUGCGGCGCCUGGAUCGCCGGUGGACCCUGGGCGGGAUGGUCAACAGGCAGCACAGCCGAGAGGAGAAGUACGUCACCGUGCAGCCAUACACCAGCCAAAGCAAGGACGAGAUCAGCUUUGAGAAAGGCGUCACUGUGGAGGUGAUCCGGAAGAACCUGGAGGGCUGGUGGUACAUCAGAUACCUGGGCAAAGAAGGCUGGGCGCCAGCCUCCUACCUGAAGAAGGCCAAGGAUGACCUACCUGCCCGGAAGAAGAACCUGGCAGGCCCGGUGGAGAUCAUUGGGAACAUCAUGGAGAUCAGCAACCUGCUGAACAAGAAGGCAUCUGGGGACAAGGAGGCAAUCCCGGCUGAGGGCGAGGGCCCCGAGGCUCCCAUCGCCAAGAAGGAGAUCAGCCUGCCCAUCCUCUGCAACACUUCCAACAGCAGUCCACUGGGCGUCCCUGAGAGGACUGUGUCUAAGCUGGCCCAGGGCUCCCCGGCCGUGGCCAGGAUCGCCCCUCAGAGGGCCCAGAUCAGUUCCCCAAACCUGAGGACGAGGCCUCCACCCCGCAGAGAGUCGAGCCUGGGCUUCCAGCUGCCGAAGCCCCCGGAGCCCCCUUCUGUUGAGGUGGAGUACUACACCAUCGCCGAGUUCCAGUCAUGCAUCUCAGAUGGCAUCAGCUUUCGGGGCGGCCAGAAGGCAGAGGUCAUUGAUAAAAACUCAGGCGGCUGGUGGUACGUGCAGAUCGGCGACAAGGAGGGCUGGGCGCCCGCGUCCUACAUCGAUAAGCGCAAGAAGCCCAACCUCAGCCGCCGCACAAGCACGCUGACCCGGCCCAAAGUACCACCCCCCGCCCCCCCCAGCAAGCCCAAGGAGACAGAGGAGGGCCCCGCAAGUGCCAGUGAGAGCCGGGACUCCCCCGUGAAACUCAAGUAUGAGGAGCCCGAGUACGAUGUCCCCGCCUUUGGCUGUGACUCCGAGCCAGAGGUGGGCGAGGAGCCCACAGAGGACCAGGGCCCCGGGGACAGGCGGCCCACACAGCCAUCCCGACCCUCGCCGGCCUCCUCCUUGCAGCGGGCCCGCUUCAAGGUAGGAGAGUCCUCCGAGGAUGUGGCCCUGGAGGAGGAGACCAUCUACGAGAAUGAGGGCUUCAGACCGUUUGCCGAGGAUGCCCUGUCAGCCAGGGGCUCCUCCGGAGACAGCGACUCCCCAGGAGGCUCCUCGUUGUCCCUGGCCAGGAAAAACUCCCCCAAAUCAGGCUCUCCCAAGUCCUCAUCACUCCUGAGGCUCAAAGCAGAGAAGAAUGCCCAGGCGGAACUGGGUAAGAACCACUCCUCGGCCUCCUUUGCUUCAUCCAUCACCAUCAACACCACCUGCUGCUCCUCCUCUUCCUCUUCCUCCUCUUCCUUGUCCAAGAACAGUGGCGAGCUGAAACCCCGCUCUGCCUCGGACGCAGGCAUCCGGGGCGUGCCUUCGGUUGGGGUGAGGAAGGACCCCGACACCAAGGCCGGGCUCAGCUGCUCCAGGGCCAAGCCAUCAGUCCGGCCCAAGCCCUUCCUGAACCGAGCGGAGUCACAGAGCCAGGAGAAGAUGGACAUCAGCACUUUACGGCGCCAGCUGCGACCCACGGGUCAGCUCCGGGGUGGCCUCAAGGGCUCCAAGAGCGAGGAUUCGGAGCUGCCCCCCCAGACGGCCUCUGAGGGUCCCCCUGAGGGGUCGAGGAGAGGUUCAGCUGAAACCAUUGCCCCGCCAGCCUCCAUGCCCCCUGGUCCCACCAGGAAGGACCAGGAUGGGCAAGCAACCUCCUAUGUGACGUGCAGCGCCUACCAGAAGGCCCAGGACUCAGAGAUCAGCUUCCCCGCGGGCGUGGAGGUACGAGUGCUCGAGAAGCUAGAGAGUGGGUGGUGGUACGUGAGGUAUGGGGAGCUCGAGGGCUGGGCCCCUUCCCACUACCUGGUGCUCGGCGAGAAUGCGCAGUCAGACCCCUCUGGCAAAGAGCUGGACACGGGGCCUGCCAAGGGCAGGCCCAACGGGGGCAAGUCAGACAGCCUGGAGAAGAUGGAGCGGCGGGUGCAGGCACUCAACACUGCCAACCAGAGCCGGAGGGCCACGCCGCCCAUUCCUUCCAAGCCCCCUGGGGGCUUUGGUAAGACCUCUGGGGCCACCACCACUGUGAAGAUGAGGAAUGGUGUACGGCAGGUGGCCGUCAGGCCCCAGUCGGUGUUUGUGUCCCCGCCACCCAAGGACAACAACCUGUCGUGCGCCUUGCGGAGGAAUGAGUCACUCACUGCCACCGACAGCCUCCGUGGUGUUCGUCGCAAUUCCUCCUUCAGCACUGCCCGCUCUGCAGCUGCCGAGGCCAAGGGCCGCCUGACUGAACGGGCUGCCAGCCAGGGCUCGGACUCACCCCUGCUGCCCGCCCAGCACAAUGGCAUCCCCGUGUCUCCCGUGCGUCCCAAGCCUAUCGAGAAGUCCCAGUUUAUCCACAAUAACCUCAAAGAUGUGUAUGUGUCUAUCGCAGACUACGAGGGGGAUGAUGAAACAGCAGGCUUCCAGGAGGGGGUGUCCAUGGAGGUUCUGGAGAGGAACCCCAAUGGCUGGUGGUACUGCCAGAUCCUGGAUGGGGUGAAGCCCUUCAAAGGCUGGGUGCCUUCCAACUACCUUGAGAAAAAGAACUGAGAGGCCCCGGGGCCCUUCCAGC